CCACCAGUCGUAAGCGCACACUCAAACAUCUAUACAAUUUGAAUCAACUAUAUUAGUAAUGUCAAACGGCAACCGUCUUCUCAUCCAACUGCUCUUCGGCACCAGUCAUCAUUGAAAAUUUGUGUUAAUUUACCGUUUGUGUCAUCACAUUUCCAACAAAAGUUAGAAUCAAAUUCGGACAAAGUUUUCGUUAUUGAUUCUUCAGUAUUUUAUUGAUAAUUGAUUUACAUUUUUGUUAAGCUAUUAGUAGAAUUUUGAAGGGUAAAAAUGCAACGCUUCAUGAAUAUUUACGGAGGUACAAACAACAACGGAGUCGAGGGAAACGUCUCAGUAAUGUCGAGUGAUAUGAACUGGAAUGAAUUAAGCAUUGGAAUUAAUGACACAAUUGCUGAAAAUAAUUUUUUUGGACGGAAGCAUCCAGAACAUGAACCAAAGGGUAAAAUUCAAAAAGAUGAUAUGUUUCUCGACAUCGGAAAGAAUGGCACCGACGAAAAUAAACAAAAUGCUAAUGCGGAGUUAGAACGAAACUCCCUUGAGUCAGAGAAUAAUUUAUCAUUGAGUUUCGACGAAGGACUUCGCAUCGGUCAACGACACAGCCAAAAUGGAAGAAAACCACUAGCCCAACACAAUCAAGUGCCCAAUGUUUAUGCGCAAGGUCAAUUAUACAAACAAAGAAAGGAAUUUCGGAUGAAAUUACUCGAGAAAAAGGAGCGCGAUCAACGCAAAUUCCACGCAAAACCAGCGCCAAAUUUCAAUGCGAUUCAUGUAGCCCAAAGUAAAAAACGUACUCAAGAGGAGCCGAAAAUAACAAUCCCAAAAACACCACAAGUAGUACGCUCUCAUCGCCAUUAUGCAGAUUUAGCUAAAGCAAAACAAGAUGAGUUGAUAGCAUCCCUAAAGCCGAAACCAUUUGUGUCGAAAGAAGCCGAAGUUCUAAAAUUGCCGCCAUAUAUUCCACGCCCAAACAAGAAAACGCCAACUGAACCAGCUCCAUUUAAAUUGCACAGUGAUGAACGACUACGUGAUCGGCGCGAAUAUGAUAAAAAAUUUGAAGAAAAAACGGAACGCAAGCAGAGGGAACAAGAGGAACGACACAAAAUUGAAGAAGGAAUAAUUCGUCGUCAGCUUCGUCAACAAACCACAUUCAAAGCCAAUCCAAAUCCCUUCUCAGGAGGAAAAUAAUACCGACCGGAUUGAAAAAAAUGCCAUGAAACCAUCCCUCAACAUAAAUAACAUCAGCUCUUCAAAUGUAAAAUGAUCUUAUUUAAUCAUAGUUUUAACGAUAUUAACUAUUAAGCCAUUACAGCCUACUAAUUAAUCAACUGACAGUAUACAAUAAAGCUAAUCAAUUAGUACGUGAAGUUUUUAGAAUUAGUUGGGUAAAUCGGAACAUUGUAAAAAUACGCAUAUGAAUAGUAAUGAAUGACAUUUAAUAAGAAAUUUUAAUAAAAUGUGAUUUUCGCUAAACAAA